CUUUCGCUGCCUCUUUCCUCCGCCCGCGCGCGCUGCAGCCGCAGUCCAAGGAGGCGGCGGCAGCGGCGGGCAACGCGCAGGGCGCAGGGCGCGGGCGAUCGCCGUCGGGGAGCGGGCGGCAGGCAGUGGGCGCAGGCUCCCCGGUGCCCGCCCCUCCGCUGGAGGUGGGGGGCGCAAGUGGGCUGCCGGGGAGGGGCCGGCACCGCAGCCGCAAAAUGAGCCUGCUUUCGGCCAUCGACACGAGCGCCGCCUCGGUUUACCAGCCGGCCCAGUUGCUCAACUGGGUCUACCUGUCGCUGCAGGACACUCACCAGGCGAGCGCCUUCGAUGCCUUCCGGCCCGAGCCUCCCCCUGGCGCAGCGCCUCCAGAGCUGGCGUUCGGCAAGGGCCGCCCGGAGCAGCUGGGCUCGCCCCUGCACUCCAGCUAUCUCAACAGCUUCUUCCAGCUGCAGCGCGGAGAGGCACUGAGCAGCAGCGUGUACAAGAGUGCCUCACCCUAUGGCUCCCUCAACAACAUUGCUGAUGGCCUCAGCUCCCUCACCGAGCACUUCUCUGACCUGACCCUCACCUCCGAGACCCGAAAGCCCAGCAAGAGGCCCCCACCCAACUACCUAUGCCACCUGUGCUUCAACAAAGGACACUACAUCAAGGACUGCCCCCAGGCACGCCCCAAAGGUGAGGGUCUGACCCCAUACCAGGGCAAAAAGCGCUGCUUCGGCGAGUACAAGUGUCCCAAGUGCAAGAGAAAGUGGAUGAGCGGGAACUCCUGGGCCAACAUGGGCCAGGAGUGUAUCAAGUGCCACAUCAACGUGUACCCGCACAAGCAGAGACCCCUGGAGAAACCCGACGGCCUGGACGUGUCUGACCAGAGCAAGGAGCACCCCCAGCACCUGUGCGAGAAGUGCAAAGUGCUGGGCUACUACUGCCGCCGAGUGCAAUGACCGGCCCAUCCUCCACACCUGCCCCCUCCUGCCAGCCAGAGAAAAUGCCACCUCCCAUGUUCAUCCGUGUUGCUGCAUGUCCCCAUGUGCAUGGGGGCGUCCUCACAGGCAUGCGGGUCUGGCAGGGGUGUCCUAGGUUCUUGUCUUCAUGUGUGUUGACAAACAGUGUUACUGAUGUAGCUGCCCCACCGAAGCCUGGGUCUCAGACUCUCUCGGUGGGCCUGGCGUCUGUGUGCAGAGGACGUGGGUGAGCAGAGGUUGAGGCACUGAUCCCACAAAGCCCUUGGGGUGCCCUGCAGGCUCUCCUCCGCUAAGGCUCCCUUCGGGCUGAGCAGCCUUCUAUUGGCCACAAGUGCACUAAAUUGACUGUGAAUCCCAAAGCCUGUCAGGGAUUAUCUUUCAAGACCAGCCAGGCGGCCUUCUCCCAGAACCUAACUUGCCCCGUGUGCAAAGCCACUCUCAGAAAGGCCUGUUUUCUGUCCUGUUUGAGACCACCGGGUCACGGGGAGCUGACACCUGUCGGAGCAGCUGCUGGGAGUGGGCUUCUCUGCCCGACCCACUUUGAGCCCUAAACCUGAUCGCCUCUGACAUCCCUAUCCCCUCUCCUUGUAGACCCAGAGGUCGGGGACAGGGAGGCAGUGAGUGUCGGACAGUGUCCCCAGGUGUGACCUGGGCACAUCAGGCAUCUCCUCCCCCCACUCACCCCCACACACUUUCCCCACUGGUUUGGAUCUUGUCAGCCCCAUUCCCUUCCCUUCUUCACCUCCCACCCACGCUCCAGCCCCGGAUGAGUUUUGGGGCCCGCUGUGGAGCCGCUCUGGCAGGAAGGAGGCAGUCCUGUUAGACCAGAGAGAGUCCUAGGUUCAGAGGCUGGCCCUGCCGCUGACCAGCUGUGGAACUUGGGAAGGACUUGUCAUCUCUGGGCCUUGGUUUCCCCACUAGGUAAGUGAGAGAGUGACACUGGAGAGCAGAGAGGCCUGUUUCAAGUCCCAUCUGGAAUUCAGCCUGGCCGGGCACCCUCUCCUGGAGCACGGGGCUUAGUCUGGAGCGCCCCCUCGGUCCUGUACUCCGCGCCGCCACCCGUCAGCGGGUCGAGUAAGAGUCGAGCCGAGGGAGCCAGUCUUCCCUUGUCCUCCCUGCAGGGCCGGCUCUGCCUGUCGCCUCCCACCCCUGCAGAAGUGAAGGAGAAGGACGCCCCUCCACCUCACACAGGGCAACCCCAGACAAGCUGUGGAACCUCUCACUUGUGAACCGGGGACUAUGAUUUCCUACCUCCCGGGGGAGCGGGGAGGCCUCUUGGCUCUCACAGGGGUCAGGGAGAUACUGUCCUGGCAGGUGGGAGGGGUCGCAUUCUCCUCUCCUGUCUUCCCAGUGAGAAGCCUUAGUUUUCUUUUCACACCAUUCUUCCUUUCUCCCUGAGACAGGGAGAAAAUUGGUUGUCAGGACUGAAUCACUUGAUUUUGCCCCGAUACUAUGCCUCUGUGGAAAAAAAAAAUCAGACCAUGAAAUGGGCCUGAAAUUCAGUGUUUACCACGGCUCAAGGACACCCACCCGGUGCCCAGUUGCCUUUUGUUUUCAAAUGAAAAUGUUUGUACAACUGAGGAGUUACAGUAAAGUGUUAACCAGGGGUCCAGGGAGCAAGUCAGAAAGACGGAGUGAGUGUUCUGGAAGCCAGGGCGCUGCGGUGUAGGUUUCGGGGGCUCGUGCACUCUGAGCACUUGAAAAGAAGGUGUUGGCCCCAGCCUGAGCCCGAAGCAACCCCCUCUGCCUGCAGCAGCGACGCCUGGCUACUGGGCUACUGACCCGUGAGCACCCUCUCCACCUGCUGGGAAUGCCACCGAGGAGUCCUAGGCCAGCUGUUCCCUGCCUUCUCCACGGUGUCGAGGUGAGUGGGAGUCGCCCUGGCCUAAGGCACUCUGUCCCGGAGGAGAAGCUGUUACUGUCUGUCAUCCUAGGGUGCGGCUCAAGAUACUGUGCACAGUGGUGGGCAGUGUGCUUGGGUUGGCUGUCAGGACAAGGCCCCAACCCUUCCAGAGACCUGGCCCUGCCUGGGGUGUUGGCCCCAGCACGCCCGGGGCCUGCCAGCAGUGCUGCACAGUGGGGGAACCGGGACCCUACAGAGAACCCAGACUCAAGCUGCUGGAGGCCAGGCCCUCCGCAGGCCAACAGGAGAUGGGCUGUUGCCCCACAGUGACCUUUUCAGUGGGCGCGUCCAGCUGGCAGCCACCACCCCUGCCAUCUGCACAGAGCUGGUCACCAUGGGAGCUGGGCCCUCAGCCUGAGGCAGCCCCUCUGUGCUCCCCACUUCUGUACUGUUCUGGCUGAAUUGGGAGUGCUCUGUGGUCAGCAAAAGCUACUGGUGUCCAGGCUGGAUGCUGUGAGAACUAAGUGCUCAGAGGGCCUGGGAGGGGACAAGAAAGUGCGUGGUGUUAGUCAUGUCGAAAGGGACAAUCGCCUGCAGUGAGCAGACCAGUGGUCGAGCUGGGAGAUAGCAGUGUUUACCCCGUAUGAAGUAUUCAGUAGUUCUACUUGUGAGUUUGUAUUUAUUUUGAGUUAUACUUGACACAGAAUUCCUUUUUUUAAAGAAAAACGCUAUUUGUGUAUUUUGAAAAAAAUCAUGGAUGUUAAAAUUUCUGCGUGGUUGUCAAUUACUCUCACAACACUGAAUUUGUUACCUUCUCCCGAAAAAUCUUCACAGUGAUUUUUGUCUGUAUAUAUUUGAAGGCCUUUUUUUUAAAAAAAAAAAAAAGAAAAAGAAAAAGAUAAUUGUUUGAUUUUUGAGAUUAAAAAAACAAACACAAAGGCAUUUUCAAAACUUCAGAGCUUUUGGGAGGACAACAGAAUAUCAAAUGAAAAUUUCUGGAAGUAUUUUGCAAAUCUUUUGAGCUGCAAGAAAAUAUUUAUGGUGAGAAUUUUUCUCUUUUGGGUUUUUUUUUGGUUUGAUUUUUUUUUUUACUAUACUUUGGUCUGUAAAAAGUAUGCAACUGAACUACGUUAAGAAGGAAAUAUUGUCUACAUAGAAUAUUAUAUGAAGUUGGUACAUAAUUCUGAUGAGGAAAAAAAACCUUCGCAAUUCUUUAAGCCAUACUGUUAUUCUGUGUUGUUUUUUCCUUGGAUGAGAAUAUCAAUAUUAAGUAGCCAGCAUAUUAUUCAAGUACUUAGACUUAUUAAUAUGUUUCUGUCCUGUAUUUAUGCACAUGUGUAUUUGGAAAGUGUUGCCUUUCUACGGGAAGCUAUUAUUGGAUACAUAAUGAAAAGGGAAUGGUGACCCCUCUGAGCCUCUUCAGCUGAGGAUCAUAACAAACACAGCAUUGUAAUCCACUCUCUCGCACCUUCUUCUUAUCUUAUUAUGGUUAUUAGUCUUUUAGGGGGCAAGGAGGUGGGCCAGGGGAAGAAGGAGCCUGUGACUAGCCCCUCUGUGGCCAGCCAGCUCCAAGGACGGCCUCCUUGGCCUGGUGAAGGGGCCCGUCAGCAGGGCCCAAGGAGGGAAAGAAGAAUCGGAGGUCUUCGCACCCCUCUGCAUCUGCCAUCUGAGCCAUGCCUCAGGGCCCCAGGCUCUUUGAACUUGGAUUUGUCAACCAGAGUCCUCACCUGCUCUCCAGCAUCUAUGGACUUGAGUCUAUCCUGAAUGACUGUUUAACCCAACAUCACUACAUUGUAGCCCAGUGCAACAACUAACUCUGAAGUGUGUGUGUGGGGGAGGUGUUCCCUGGGGGCUGGUGACAGCAGGCCGGUUGCUGUCUGCUGCCAACCUCACUCUGACCUCCUCCACUCCUAUGGGGUGACCUGUCCAUGUCUGUAUCUGUUAAUAAUAUGUGUGUGUCCAGCUAAAGAGACAAACAGCCCGUGGGCCCAGCUUGGAGGGUGCACAGAAAGGCUCCUGACCUCUCCAGAGUGUCGCCCUCGGGAUGGCAUUCCGUUGUGUGCCUUAUUCCUGGAGAAUCUGUAUACGGCUUGCCUAUAGACAUAUAGUCUUUUCGUGCUGUAUUAAAAGGACUUUAAACGCAA